AUGAGGCUCCGAUUGAGGGGAGGGAGCGACGAAAUGGAGUAUGGCACAGGAAACGCGAGUAAAUUCUGCAAAGACAUUCAUGAGAUUCCGGACGAUUCAUCGUCAUGGAUACGGAGGAAUAAGACUGAUGUUUCCUCAUAUGCCAUGGAUGUUGUCAGGAUAAGAUUCGGCAGACAUGAUCAGUUAGAGAGUGGAAGGCUGGUGGGAUACAAGCCACUGUUUGUUCACCAGGUAUUCGGGUACGAUGAGCUCAUCGAUGGAUACAUCGACCCAUCUUGCAACGUCACAUAUGCAGAAGAUGAUCUCCGACCGCUCAUUUCCUUCUCAAGCAAGGGCAAGCACCCAGAUAUAGAAAAGUCUGGACUGAACUUGACCGAUGUGGUUGGAAGCAUCCACGAGCAUGCUCCUGCAGAUUACAUUGCCGUCCAAGAGGCUGGCAAGAGGUAUCCGCCUUUCAAGCCAAUGGGACAGUACCUGAAUUAUUACUCUGGAUAUGACAUUGGUCUGUGUGAGAGGGAAGUGACGGAAAUGAACGAGCAAAGGGGAGGAUCUGUCAGAUUCGAGAUGUACCAGUGCCAUGUUUCCUCUGAUAUGAGCCCGGAAAUCAAAAACUUCUUCAUGCGCACACAAAGUCUUGCCAUCUGGUUCAUCGAAGCCCUCUCCUACAUUGAGCUCGACGACCCUGGAUGGUCCAUUGUACUGACUUACGAGGCAACCACUUUGAAUUCAAAGAAGACAGCCAACGUGGAGGAAGUUAGAUAUCGACUCGUAGGGUUCGCCACUCUCUACCGUCAUCGGCUUGUCAAUACGACGAUGGAAAAGGUAAAGGAUAUCACACCCAACCUGGAAGAUGUCGUUGGACGGAAUGAUAUAUUCCGUUUGAAUAUCAGUCAGUUUUUGAUUCUUCCUGAGUAUCAGCGAAAGGGACAUGGCGCCCAAAUGAUGCGACAAAUCUACAAGAUUGCCAUGAAAGAUGACAAGUUGCUGGAUCUACAAGUGGAAGAUCCAACCGAUGGAUUUCAAGAGAUGAGGAUGAAAAUAGAGCUGGACAUGCUGAGGGAGUCGAAACUCAUGGAUCAGCUUCGCGGAAAUUCACCUUCCUGGGGAUCUUUACAGAAAAAGUAUAAGUUCCACAUGGUAGAACUCUUUGAUCUGGCACAAAAGUUGGGCUGUAAGGUGGGCAGAAGAGGCGUCAAAGAAGAUUCGUCUGGCAUGAAGACAGUUGCUGGAGUUGUUGUCAACAUGACCUACGUUUACGAGAGAUCUGCCAUCGUAGGCUUCACCAUGUCAGAAGUGGAUGAUGUCCUGCAAGCCAUUCUCCCAGAGGAUCUACGUCAAACGACCGGUCCACAAGACGCGGCUGAGAAACUCCUGGUCGCAAUAUACAUGGCGGUUGUUGCCGACUACGGGCAGGCGGAGGGCCUCUCAGAUCAGCAGGUCGAUCAGCUGCUGGAGAGUGUGGACUCCGGUCGCCUUAAGGAACUCCAAAGUCCUCGAGACAUCGCCAGAUUGGUCUUGCCGCUGAUUGGCAUGAUUAAGAAAGGUCUCAACCCCAAAGCAAUGACGGACGAUUGA